AUGGAAACGAAGGAAACGCAUACGCUUGAUGAUCUAAGCACAGGAUACAAGCUAUACAUAAAGAAAGACAUGGGAAAUGGUGUAGAAAAUAUCAAGGCAGAAAUACUGGGUGUAAAAAAUAGGAACGGCAAAGAAUUUUACGUUCACUACAUAAACUUUAAUAGGAGACUGGAUGAAUGGCUCAGUGGUGAUUCAUUCCUUCUGGACACGGUAGAAGUGCCGAAGAAAAGAAAGAAGAGCUACGUGAAAAAGAGCAAAAGCUCGUUAGACGUGAUAAAAAGCGUGGUAAAGGAGGACGAAUAUGCAUUAGCUGAUACGCCCAACAAGUCUGAGGAGUACAAGCUUAAGGUAAUUGACAAGCUGCAUAUCAAGGAUAAAGUGAUCGAUACGUGGUAUUUUUCGCCGUAUCCUGAGGAUAUUACUGGCACGAUCUAUCUGUGCUCGUUUUGCCUAUUUUAUUUUCAGGAUAGGUCGAAAUUGCAGGUGCAUGAGUGCCACCUGCGACAUCCUCCCGGUAAUGAGAUUUACAGAAAGGACAAUUUGAGUUUUUACGAGCUCGACGGGCACGUCCAAAAGAAUUACUGCCGCAAUCUUUCGCUGCUAUCCAAGCUGUUCCUUGAUCACAAAACACUCUUUUAUGAUGUUGAUCCGUUCAUGUUUUACGUGCUAUGUCGCUUGGAAAAGGAUGGCUACCACAUUGUGGGCUACUUCUCGAAAGAGAAGGUGUGCUCGCAGGGGUUUAACCUUGCGUGUCUGCUGGUCCUCCCGUACGAGCAGCGCAUGGGGUACGGAAAGAUAUUGAUCGAUUUUUCAUACCUGCUGAGCAAGAAAGAGAACGUAAUUGCUUCGCCUGAGAAACCUUUAUCGGAUUUGGGACUUAUCGGGUAUCUUUCAUACUGGAAAGAAGCUAUUUUAGAGGUUAUGGAGGUUAGUGCGAACGGUAUUUCUGUUGAGGAAAUAUCGACCAAAACAGCAAUUACGGUCGAGGAUGUCUUUAAUACACUGAUAUACUAUAAAAUGGUAAAGUUUUAUGAUGGAGAACUUAUAUUCGUGAAGGAUAGAGAUGCCAAGCCCAGGAAGUAUAAGGUUGAUGCAAAGUAUCUGAAGUGGAAGGGGCAUGCAUUCAAUCAGAAUUUGUUAAGACUUUUGUGAACAACCCGUGGUUUAAACUACGAGAGCACAAAGCUGUGCAUUCAAACGGACCCGCUUGCAAUCCAUUACACGUCGGUGUGCCAUAGCAAAAUGGUAGAGCGUGGUGACAAACAGCGCCGUGCCAUAUAGCAGGUUCAACAAUUGGUGUAACAUUAAAAAAUGGAAUUAUACAAUUCUACGGUACAACACGAUAGGCUGAAUUUAAUGCUGUACAACCUCGCCCGCAAGAAUAGCUGGCACGGCCAACAAAAUGACCGUUCAACACAAAAAUUAAUUUAA